AAGCGAGAAAACGUUAAAAUCGGGGACAUGUCCGCUCUCAGUUUUUUCCCCGGUGACACGGUGUCACCGUUGGAAUAUCCCGUGUCGAUUGUGCUUCUUGUCGAGAUACUUCCAUCAUCGCCACGCUGUGUACGCUCAUCAUGUCGUGAAAGUUAAACUGAUUUUGACUUACGUUAUCGUCGCUAAAAUAAUGGCAGAUAUGGCGUUCUCCGGCUUCUCCACAAUCGCUACGAUUAUUCACAACGAGUCCUGGGUGAUCUGAGGAAACAGUGGACAAGGCUCGGCGUGGUCGGACGUCAUCAGCUUUGUCCGAGCGUUGAAGUGGACCGAUGAAAUUAGAGUUGCUGGUUAACAGCUAGCCGCGAAAUACAAGGGCAGAAAGUGUAGCUGCACAGCCACAUCUACGGAGAAGUAGAAACGGACACGUAAAACAUGGCGGAAGCCGUUGUGGACGGAGCACCGAUAUCUCGAUUUUUUUGCCACAAAUGCAGUGUCGAAAUUGAGCGUUUGUUGCCAAAUUACACGUGUCCACAAUGCUCAAGUGGUUUCAUCGAGGAGCUGGAAAUCAGCAGUAAUGACUGCAACUCAACCGUGGAUGUUAGCAAUGAAGAUCUAAGCGAUGUUGACGUCGAUAUUUUAGGAUACAAUUCUUCGCAACGUUAUCCAGCUGAUCGGGAUUUAAUAGAUAUGAUAUUGGGCCUUUCAAAUACCAAUCAACAACCAGGUGCAGGUAGCAGAAAUUAUGUGCUCGGUAGCAGAAGAAGGUCCAAUUGGAACCGUACUCCCCCAGAAGGACGUCGUAGCAGCAGUACCCGGAGGAGACAAGAAACCUUACCGGUGCCCGUAGAAAAUUUCAUACACGAUUUUAUUUUCAAUCUCUCGGGAGCGACUGGUCUGGGUCACACUGUGGGACAGGAUGCACAGCCAUCUGUAUUCGAUAUUAGCCUGUUCUUGGGAAAUCCCGGCGAUUAUGUUUGGGGUCGCGAUGGAUUAGACGCUAUUGUUACGCAAUUGUUGAACCAAAUGGAUGGUACCGGACCACCGCCCUUACCACGCAAGCAGAUCGACGAAAUACCCACAACUACCAUAUCGCAAAGUCAAGUCGACUCAAAACUACAGUGUUCCGUUUGUUGGGAGGACUUCAAACUGUCGGAACCAGUUAGACAGCUACCCUGUCAGCACGUCUAUCACGCACCGUGCAUUGUGCCAUGGCUGGAAUUACAUGGAACUUGUCCCAUUUGCAGACAAAGCUUGGGAGAUCAGAACUCAGCUGAAGCGAAUCAAGAUACUGUUGGACCCAGUUUAGCUGCUUUGUUCAGGGCAGCUAAUGAAUCAAACAGUAGCCGCACGUCAUCCACUUCGUCAUCUACUUCAUCUGCGGGCAGUAGCUCCAGUACUUCCUCGAAUACUACCAUGUAUUAACUGCAAAAUUUAAACUAUAUUGUCACUUAAUCGACCGAUAUCUCAAUGUGAAGUGUUGAGUUGAAAACGACUGUUCUGUUCCACAUUCAGCGUAUUAUACUAAACGAACAUCAACAUAUAAAAAUAGCAAAAUCAUAGACAAUCUGACACAUUUGUGUUUAUUAGUUUUCAUUUUUUUUUAUUGCACUCUGAAAUUCGAAUUGGAAUCUCAUGAAAAAAAAAUUUUCAUAUCUUCAUAUCUGGUGCUUCUUUCGUUCGACAAAGAACUUUUACGAUUUAAUUCCAGUAAAAUUGUAAGAGCAACUUACAUGAACUUUACCGACGUUGUUUACACAAUUGACAGCUUCGCUUUAAGUGGCGACGGUCAAAGUGAGCUCGAAAUAAAUUGACAAAAGCGAUCUUCUGAUAUUUAUACAAAAAAACAAUUUUCACAUCGCCGAGACUCAGUAAAACACGUACAUGUACGAAAGAGAAGAACGCAAUUCAGAGGACAAAUUAAUAAAUUUAAGCGAGAAAAGUAGAUAUCGUGAAAUCUUCGAGGGAAAGAAAACUUACCUUGUAAAACGUUCUCGUCUGCAGAGAGGCAAUUAAAAUGCAUUGCAUCGCCACGCAAAUUAAUUCCAGCAGGUGAUCGGUGAAUCAUAAGAAGCUAAUGAAACCUAAAUCAAAACACCGAAAUUACGUCAUUUCGGCUUUUAAUUUAUAUAUACGCUAAGAGAUUACGAAGGAGACACACGAAAAAGACAUUUUAAGUCGUAAUUACUUCUUCCUUUUUUUUUUCAUUUUUAAUUUAAUUUCGUUUUAAAUUUGAUCGUGUCCGAUGAACUGUGGCCGUAUUAAAAUAUGUACAUAUACUUCAAUAACUUCUGAGUCUCGACGAAUAAGAAUGCAGAUAUGCGACAAAUGUUCUUACUUUUCAGUUUCCAAGAGAGACGCAAAGUUUUCUUAAAAGCAUUAAAACUGCUUGCUGCAUCAUUUUUUCGGUUUUCUUUCUUCGCGGGAACUAAUGUUUACGAUACAAAUGCGUAUGACGCGAUAGAAAUAAAAUAGAAAGAUACACAAUGUAUCUACACAUAUUUCUAUAGCAAAAAAAAAGAGAUACAAGAGAGAACAAGCACACAUACAUACACACAUCCACAUACAUACACAUACACACCCACACACUCGUAAAACGUAAAUCCUUACAACCACAAUGUGUAGUUUGCAGCGACCGACAAACGUUGUGACGUUUACAUUGUAAACACGAGAUAGAAUGUAACGUAAAAAGAAAAAAAAAGAUGUGAGUAGCAUUUAGAUGUUUACAUAUAGUUACCUAAAAUCUUUCGGCCAAUAAUUGUCAUGUAUACACAAAUAAAAAAACGGAGAAACGUU